ACCAUGAGGGCCAUGGUGAUCAGUGGCGACCAGGCUCCAGCUGAGGCAACAGUUGGUUCAUCGCUCGCUCCUGAAUUGUGCGUCCUUUGGCAAAAUGAAGAUGGUUCGCUCGCUGCCGAUGGUCGUUAGGUCCCUGAUGGUGCUUGGGAUCUGUAGCGGAGCUUACAGUUACUCUUGUGGAUACAUUGGGUGUGCUACAACAGGAGAGUAUAUCAAUAGAAAAAACGUUUGUAAUGGCAUACAGGACUGUUCUGACAACUCAGACGAAGUCGUCUGCAACGGAGAAAUUCUAGAUGUAUUUCCUUCUACCACAACCACCACUACUACCACUACCACUACAACCACGACGCCCGCCCCCACCCCUCCCCCACCCAACAACGUGGAGGAGAGCGAGGGGCUGGGUCAGAAGUUCGCUCGGACCUUCAACGACACACUCCACCACCCAAGAUGCCCCAAGCUGUACACCAGCGUCGGGAACAAGUGCCUCUCUCUUCUCUACUUCGUCAAGGUCGGCUGGGGGGAGGCAAGGGCCCUGUGCUCGGCCAUCGGCGGGGAGCUGGUUCUCUAUCCCUCGGCCUCCGACGGGGAGUUCGCUGCUCUCCUGAAGUACCUGCGGGAGAUACAGAUGACGACGGACUUCUGGGUGGGAGGCCGGUACACGAAGGACACCGAGGCGUGGACGUGGCUGGACGACGCCCCGAUGGACCUCGGCUCGCCCUACUGGGCCGUCAGACACACGGACAGUUGCAGCAGCCGCCAGCAGGAGUCAGCGCAAGACAGCAAGCCUGAGGACGUCGCCUACUGGACCAACACUUCGGCCAGCUACCACUACGAGCAGGCGCCGCGGCGCGACUCCCACGAGCUCUGCGCCGCCCUCACCUUCCGCCACUACUUCUACAUUAGCGACGAGGACUGCCUCAGCGUCAGGAGCCCUCUGUGUGAACAUGUUCCCAGCACCGCUCAUGACCUCACGCUCGCUAGCAAUCCAUAAGCGGUGUACUACUUCAAGAACACUUUUUGACUUCUCAUAUUGUUAUCAUGAAUCAAUUAUGCUUUUAAUUUGACAUAUAUCUUGUGAAAACGAUUACAUAAGAAUUUAUUAUAGUAUAGACUUAAUACAAUAAUACUUAAUUCUCCAUACUUUUUGAAGGAUUACAAUUAAGUUGGAUGCCAUGAAACUUCUUGUUGUAUAAUUACUGUAUAUUUAGUUAUAAAUUGUUGAUAUAAAUGUAUAAAUAUUUUUUUCCUAUAUAUGCGUGUGUCUGUGUAUAUG